ACGAAGAAAAUUUAAAUCUCGUUUUCGUCGCAUAAACCACGGAAGAAAUCGUGAGAGAUACGACACAUAUAAAUAAGUAUGAGUACUUUCUUCUAAGAUAGGAAAUCGAAAAUAUUCGAGAGAAUUGAUGCGCGUUUUCCGGUAGCAGACGAUUCUUACCAACUAUUUGUGUACCUGUUACAUCCGUAAUCCGUAGAAGAUCGCGCGGUUACAUGGCUAAAAUCUCUCGAGUCCCGGUAUUUGAAAAUGAACGGCAACGAUAUCUCAAGAUUGUCAUACAAGGAAUUGCAAGCAUUGGCUGUGAAAUAUCGAGUGCCAGGCAACAUAAAGAGCUGCUUAUUAAAAUAAUAAGGGCCGCAAGAAGCAGAGACAAUGGCGAAGUCGAUAGAUUGUUGAGCGAUUUAAAACAGACGCGGAAGAAGAGAACACGAAAGAUCAAGGCCGAAAAGCUUGGUAUAACCUCCACACCGAUACAAAGUCCAGAUAACGUCAUGGCCGAAGAUUAUUAUCAUUCGCAACAACAGCAACAGCAGCAACAACGAUCGCCUUAUCAAUGGGUAGGUGCAGAAGAAGAAAUUGUAAGUAGAGAGGAUGACAAGAUUCCACAUUAUGAAGAAUUUAGGCAAUUUUUGUUACGGAAAAUACAAAGAGAAUUUCAAACAUAUAAUACACCUCAUAAUCCACAACACGAAUCGACAAUUGUGGAUCUAAGAACUACGGCAAGUAGUUCUACUGCACAUUCCUUUCCUGUAGAUAUAGUUAAUUGUUCUAAGCCUAAUUUGAUAGGUAUUAAUGAAUCGAAUUCUUGCAUAUAUCCUUUAACUAAUCAUAUACAGUAUCAUCACCUACAAAAAGAUUCAAGCAAGAGUACAUGUGGAUCAAUACUUCUUAAAAAGAUGUUACAAGCUCCAGUUGGUACAAAUUUAGGAGAACUUGCAUCACCAGUAUUUGGAGAUUAUAGAGUUUGGCCAGUAGAACAAUAUCAUUCGGAAAAUAUAUUAGAUAAUUCUGAUACGUUAACAGCAGAAUCAGUGGACAAUGAUAAUGAAGAUAAUCUUGUAAUCAAUACAGAUUGUUAUGGAGUUUUAAAUAAUGUUAGGGAUGAAUAUCUUUUACAUGAUACAAAUUUUAAGAAUGUACAAGAUAUCGAUCAAAUGUCUAAUGUACUAACCGAUCAGAAUAGUAAUCAAUACCAUUGCAAUUAUGCAAACAAUGAUUUAAAACAAAAUUAUCAAACUUGGACUAUUACAAAUGUUAUGGAUUCUAUAGAUGAAAGUUAUAUUGAUACGGAUAUAAGUACUUCAAAAGUACUUCAUGCUAUUUAUCUUGAUAAUCCAGUAACAAAUGCAAAUAAUGGAAAUUCAAAUUAUAGAUAUCAUAUUAGUGAGAAUGUUUAUAAUGAUAAUCCAACAGUACUUAAUAUUGAUUCAUCUGAAGAUCCUUUGUAUUAUUCUCCAACUAUAAUGUCCAAUGUACAGUCUACUUCUACAGAUCAAGCGUACUUGGAAAAUCAUAAUAAAUAUAUAGGGGAAACAAGAGAAUAUUUCCAGAUGACUGGUUCUGCAGGUAGUAUAAAUUUCGCAUCAGAUGUACCUGCACUUAAUCAAACAUUACCUAACAACAUUCCAUGCAAUUCUGAAGUUACAUAUCAGUAUUCUAAUUUGCAUGACAAUCAUCAAUCAUAUGUUACGAUGUCUCAAAGUUUUGAAUCACGACAAUCCAAUGAUCUUGUAACAUCGCAAGAUAUGAAUAUAUGUAAAGAUUCUGUAACAGAGAGAGUACAGUCAUGCUCUGAUGGAAUGUUAGAUCCAUUUUGGCCCAAGUGGUCCCACAAAAAAUUAUCAGACAAUAAUCUUGAAAAUAUUUUGAAUUUUAAUAUAUCAAAAAGAAUAGAUUAUACGAAAAUAGAUCAAACAUCUUGUAUAUAUUGUUAUACUGCGCCAAUAGUUACACAUAAAGCCGUACUGCCCACCGAUGUUUGUUCUCAACAGAUAAAGUUAGUCGCAGAACAGAGACACCAUUCCUUCUCGCCUUACUGGCUUCUUUACAAUGAUAGCUCUGCCGGUAUGCGCAUGGCUAAUAUACAAAGUAACGCCGAUGAAUGUAGCGCGGAACAAGUAUGGAUGAUUCGCGCUACAUCGAUGUCUAAUAACAACAAUUCGAAUAUCAAGGAUUCUAUAGAUGAAAGUGAAGAUUCGAUAAAUGAUGUUUGGAUGAAUGAUUACUCGAAGUAUCGUAUGCCUUUACAAAAAGAUAUAAACAGUUGCGAAGUUAUAAACGCAGAAGUUUCAGAAAGUUUAUUUUCUACCAUACAUACGGAAUCAAACUUAAAAAACGAAACUAUUUCUACGAGUCAAAUGCAAGAGGAUAUAACCUAUUGAAUUAUUUAUAUAUAGUGAUAUGUGUGCCAGUGGUACAUUGAAUUGUAUUAUUAUUACUAAAGAAAAUAUAACUUUUCACACUUCAGGUCGAUUUCUUACAGAAUUUCAUAACGAAUACGACGUAUUAUAUCGUUAGAAAACUCUGCGUUAUCCGUUUAUUUACUGAAAUAACGAAAAAGAUGUUAUUUUUAAAACGCCCACAAAAUUAAAUUGAAUGUACUACCUCCGUUAAACGUUGAUAAACAAACGAAGAAAUGAAAAGACUGAAAUAAUAUGAUACGUUUAAUAUACUUUAGGAACAAAUUUAAAUAUAUUAUCAUAAUAUAUAUAUACAUACACACAUAUAUAAAAUUAUUUACUAUAUAUAUAUAUAUAUAUAUAUAUAUAUAUAUAUAUAUAUAUCUUGUUGCAUAUAUACAGAUAUUAAAAUAAAUAAAAAAAGACUAUAAAGAUAAGACAAAUGUAUACACGUUAAAUGGUGAGAUAAUUAAUUUAUAUCGUGAAAAUAAAUAAUGUUUAGUUCUCACGAUUACAGGUAAUAGUUUAAAAUUGUUAUUUCGUUAUUGUAAUCAUGAAUAAUUAAUAAUUAAUACCGAAGGUAUUGUAUGUGUUACGUAUAAACACAUUAAAAUAC